CGCGGGCGGGGGGUGGCGCGGAGCUGAGCAGGACGGCCGCCAUCUUGCGCGGAGCCGGAGUCGGAACCCGGGACUGAGGCCGAGAGUGCGCGCGAGCCCGCGGCCCAGUUUAGCGGCGGUUUAGCCGGAGCCUUCUCCCGCCGCCCUUCCGCGCCCGGCCUCUGACCCUCAGCCCGGCCCGAUCCCCUGACCCUCAGCCCGGCCCAGUCCCCUGACCCUCAGCCCGGCCCGGUCCGGCCUCCCCGCGGGGUCACGCGGCCGCCCCGGGGACGAUGAACGGAGGAUAAAUGGUGCCCAAGGCAGACAGCGGUGCCUUCUUGCUGCUCUUCCUGCUCGUGCUCACCGUCACCGAGCCGCUGCGGCCAGAGCUGCGGUGCAACCCUGGGCAGUUUGCCUGUCGCAGCGGCGCCAUCCAGUGCAUCCCCCUCCCCUGGCAGUGUGACGGCUGGGUGACUUGUGAGGAUGAGAGCGACGAAGCCGACUGUCCAGAGGUGACUGGGGAGUCGCGUCCUUACCAUGGGAAGGAGGCUGUGGAUCCGCGGCCGGGGCGGGCCCGAGGCAGCGACCCCAAGCACUUCCACGCGGUGAAUGUGGCGCAGCCAGUGCGCUUUAGCAGUUUCCUAGGGAAGUGCCCAACGGGGUGGCACCACUAUGAAGGCACGGCCAGCUGCUACCGGGUCUACCUGAGCGGAGAGAACUAUUGGGAUGCCGCACAGACCUGCCAGCGCGUGAAUGGCUCCCUCGCCACCUUCUCCACUGACCAGGAGCUGCGCUUCGUCCUGGCCCAGGAAUGGGACCAGCCGGAGCGGAGCUUUGCUUGGCAGGACCAGCACAAGCUGUGGGUCGGCUACCAGUAUGUCAUCGCCAGCCGGAACCGCUCCUUAGAAGGUCGCUGGGAGGUAGCAUUCAAGGGUUCCUCAGAGGUGUUCCUGCCCCCAGACCCCAUAUUUGCCUCGGCCAUGUCGGAAAGCGACAACGUGUUCUGCGCCCAGCUCCAGUGCUUCCACUUCCCCACCCUCCGCCACCACGACCUGCACAGCUGGCAUGCGGAGAACUGCUAUGAGAAGUCUUCGUUUCUUUGUAAAAGAAGUCAAACAUGCGUUGACAUCAAGGACAAUGUGGUGGAUGAAGGGUUCUACUUCACCCCCAAAGGAGACGACCCGUGCCUGAGCUGCACCUGCCAUGGUGGGGAGCCCGAGAUGUGUGUUGCUGCCCUCUGUGAGAGGCCCCAGGGCUGCCAGCAGUACCGCAAGGACCCCAAGGAAUGCUGCAAGUUCAUGUGCCUGGACCCAGAUGGCAACAGCCUGUUCGACUCCAUGGCCAGUGGGAUGCGUCUGAUUGUUAGCUGCAUCUCCUCCUUCCUCAUCUUGUCGCUGCUGCUUUUCAUGGUCCACCGGCUUCGCCAGAGGCGGCGGGAGCGCAUCGAGUCCCUGAUUGGAGCCAACUUGCACCACUUCAACCUCGGCCGGAGGAUCCCCGGCUUUGAUUAUGGCCCAGACGGGUUUGGCACCGGCCUCACACCAUUACACCUUUCCGAUGACGGGGAAGGCGGCACGUUCCACUUCCACGACCCUCCGCCUCCCUACACCGCAUACAAGUACCCGGACAUCGACCAGCCUGAUGACCCACCACCACCCUACGAGGCCUCCAUCAACCCUGACAGCGUGUUCUACGACCCCGCAGACGACGAUGCCUUUGAGCCAGCAGAGGCCAGGCCGCCGACCCCAGGGGAUGGGAGCGGUGACGGUGCAUCACCCCGGCGCCUGGAGCACCCUCUGCCUGCCGCAGGGGCCUCUCUGGCAGACCUGGAAGACUCAGCCGACAGCAGCAGUGCCCUGCUUGUGCCCCCUGACCCUAGCCAGAGCGGGAGCACCCCAGCCACAGAGGCGCUGCCAGGGGGCGGCCGCCAUAGCCGCAGUUCCCUCAGUACCGUGGUGUAGAGGAUGGCCCAGCCCACGACCCUGAUGGGCGGAGAGCACCUUUUUGCUGUCGAGAAAACCUUGAUCCCCGUGGGAGACUUACAGGGCCCCUGAGUGAGCCUGGACCCAGCUGCACGGCUGCACACCCACUGACGGCGUGUGUGUGCGCACACAGACCACACUGGCCUCCCAAGGGAGCAGACAUCUGCACCGGGUCUCCUGGAGGGCUCCAGAAACAUGCAUAGCUGUGGGUCCCUGUCUGUUUAUUUUCAAAUGGCAGAAGAAUGACGAAGUUCGUUCAGACCACAUGUUUCAGAAGUAGGGAACAAAGAAGGCACUGUGGGCAGGGGCCAGACCACACCUUGCUUUGGGGGGCUUGCUCGCCGCAGCAUGCCAUCCAGAGGAGCCUGCCAAACAGCCACUGAGCCCUGGCGGGCGGGAGGGGCACAGCCACGUACCUGCUGCAUUUGUGCACUGUCAGUAUUGUCUGCACUUGGUCUGCCUCAGGGUAGACGGCCUUGGAGGUUACAUAGGGACUGCUCUGAGGAUCCCCCCGCCCACCCAGCUGUGAACAUCAAGGGUGACCCUACCCCGGGCUAGGGGCUGGCCUGGGCCUCUGGUGCCCGAGGCCCUGAGAAGGGGAUCCUGGAAGGAGGUCGAACUCUGUCUUUCCAGCUGGGCUCUGCGAAGCCCAGUUCUGUGCCAGGAGGCCCUGGCCCCACCCUGUCAUUUUUCUCCCCAGCAUUGCUGUGCAUGGCUCCCCUCAAGAGGCAGCCCUUGGGCCAAGGCCCUUAGCCACGCAUGAGUGUUCUGGCCCCGGAUCCUCCAUUGGGGGUUAAGCCGGCUCCUGUCUGCUACCCUCUGGAGCCCCCACUCCUGUCAAAUUUGCCCCUGGGCCUGGCCUGUCCCCCAACCCAUCUUGUUUGUGCCAUAAAGGGUUGUUUCUUUGUGGGGAGGGGUGGCUGAAAUGAAUGCCCUCGGCUGUGUCCAUCUCCUGAAAGUCCACUUGCACACUAUCACCACUGGGGUGGAGUGCCCAGGGGCCUUUGGACCAAGGGACCCUGUUGCCUGCUCCUGGGCAGUGGUCUCGUCUCCUGACACGGGGCUUUUAGCAUUUCUGAGGUUUGGAGAUUAAGCGGGUUCUGUGCGAUUUUUCAGCACAUCCCAUAUCUUUUCUACGUUGAAUGUCUGGAUCUUUUCUUUUUGUGUGUGCGCGUGUCUGUGUGUGUGUGUACAUAUGUGUCCAGGUUUUGCAGGUGGUGGCGGUACACCGGAACUCGGGAGUGGGGCCCCAGUUGUUUCCCAGGCCAGUUGUGACGUCUUAAGUGGCACUGAGGCACGGCCAGGUCUGCACCUCCGCCCCUUGGCUGAGAGCAUGGAGCCCUGCUCCUGGUGCCUCGUGUAGCCUUUCCAGACCAGCAUGCAGUGACCGGAGGGUUGACUAGAAGUGGGUACUUUGUGGUGACAGACCUCCGUGGCACGUUCUCACACUCUCCCAUUGGAAACCCGUGUGUUCUUCCAGUAUGGAAUGAGAUUUUUUAGUUGCCCUAUACAACUUUCAUCCCCCGAGCCGGCCAGAGGUGUAAAUUCUGAACUGCCUGUCCAGGCUCACAGGAUCCAGAGUGCUGGAGGCAGGCUCCAGGCAGGCGGGCUGCAUGCCAAGCAGGCCUGAGCUCCCCUUGCCAAAGGGCUGCUCCUUUGAGAAUGGCAUCCCCACACUGGCUGCUGAAGACGAAGCAGGAAGCGUGUUGUGCCUCCAGAGUGCUGGGCUCAGAGCAGCUGAGGGCUGGAGCAGCAGUCACGGGUCUUACUGGUGCCAGGUGAGUGUCCUGAGCGUGUCUGCUUUGGAGUGACCACCCCAGCGGAGCACAGAAGGGCCUGACCUCUACAGCUGAGAGUCCCGCACAACUCCCAUGUCUCUGGCCCAUGCCUCAGAACCAUGUGUAGAGGGCAGGGCAGUGGCACAAGGUGCGUGGGACUGGGGAGCUCCCUGUGGGGACUGAAGGACUGCUGGGGCCAGUCAGGCACACAGGAGGCAUUGAGGAGGGAGUGACCAGAAACGGUGGGCCUGCUUCUGGACUGGCCAGGGCUCUGUCCCAGCACCGGGGUGCUCAGCCCGCUGGUGUCAGAGGCCCGUGUGCAGUGCUGCUCCAGACCCCCGCCUGCUGUGUGUGCAGGAGUUGGUGCCCAGGAGCUGUCCUCCCCUGGAGGGUGGUUGUGAGGGGAACAAGGCGGGAGCUGGGGUCUGCCUGGGGCUUCUCGGCCUCCUGCCCGGUUGCCACCCUCUCUAAGAUCUGACUGUGCUCAUGGUCCGAUGAAGAAUCCCGAGGCCAACCCUAGCGAAGACUCGUGCUCCUGUGAGAGACUGGGCCCCCAGAGGUACAGGCCAAGCUCUUGGGAGGGGCCUCCUCCCCCAGGUCCUGACUUACCUGGUGGAGGAAGGAGCUGAAACUGUACAUUGUCUCAAUGCCUGUUUUUUAUGUUUUCCUUUCACUAAGGGUUUUUAGUUUGGGUUUAUUUUUGGUUGGGUUCGCACUAAUCCUUUUCUUAAGAUGCUGUGAGAACCAUUUCAUCCAAAUGCCAAAUAAAUUUGUGUUCUGGAA